AUCCCCUCGUCAAAUGCAAGAGCAUACCUACCUAAAGGAGUUGAAGAGCACUCACAAUUCAAUGUGAAAAAUAUCGGGUUGCAUUUUGGCCCUUCCAUCUUCGUCAACUUAGCUGUCUUCCGGAAAGAGGCUUUUCUAGACCCCGGGAAACCCGACUCGUCUGUGAGGAGUUUUAAAGUUCACGCCGCCCCGAACCGGAGUCGUGAAUGUUUCCUCGAAAAACCCCACGAUGAUGAGCCUUGGGUGUCGAGUCGACGGGCGCUUUACUGUACUCUGUUGCUUGGUGCUGCCGUCGAGGUCGCGAUGUCGAACACGGAAUGCAUGACGAGGAAAUGUCCUAAUGAUUUCCCUGUCGCCCGGUUCACGUUCAUGAAGUUGAAUGGUGAGUUUCGCGAAGUAUUUGUUCUUGGAAUGAGGAUUGUUCCCCUGCCGGGAAUUGCUCAGCUGGAAGAUACGCGUGGCGAAAUGGGGUUCUCGGGCAUUCAACCAAAUUUAGAGCUGUUCGCGCUGUCGCGCAUGAGCUCCAGUUCUUCUCAUUAUUUUCCGAUUCGAGAAGAAGUUGAAAACGUACACGACGAGGCCGUUGGCAGCCUCGCUCGACUGGACCCGGUGCGUGCAAGACACGGCAUGUGGCGUAACCCUGGCCGGCUUGAG